AUCACCUGGAAAAGUGUUUUCAGAGUAUGGCUUCUACCAUCAGCCUCCUCCCUGAGAAGCACUUCUUGUGCUCUCUGUGUAGAGACAUCUUCACCAGCCCUGUGACCAUACCGUGUGGACACAGCUUCUGCUUGUCCUGCCUCUGCCACUACUGGGAUCGACACCACUCCAAAUACUGCCCCCACUGUAGAAGAGUUUUCACUGACAAACCUGACCUUAGUGUCAACCAUGUUCUAGCAGAGGUCUCUGACAACUACAGGAAGACUCGAACAGAGAAACCGCCUGAUGAGGAAGAGGUUAUAGAUGUUGACCAAAUGAUUCAGGAAAGGCUUCAGAAGAUACAGAGGCUGAAGUCUUCACUCGAACUUCAAAAGAGCUCUUACCUGAGAGAGGUGCGAGAAAGCCAAAAGGUCUUCUCUGCCCUGGUAAUUGCUAUGGAGAAGAGUCACAAAGUGGUCGUUACAGCAAUUGAGGAGAGACAAAGAGAGGAGGAGACAAGGGUCGACACUCUGGUGAAAGAGCUUGAACGGGAGAUCCAGGAGCUGAGGAACGAGACCAGUGAAGCUGAUCCACAGCUUACUAACAGUGAUCAAAGUGACGAUUCAAAGCAAGUUACUUUGAACAUUGUUUCCACUGUGUGCCCAACUGAAAUGAAGGACUGGUCCAAGGUUACCAUAGAAACUGACCCUUGUCUUGGGGUUGCCAGACAAGCAUUGUCCAACAUAAUGGAAACAAUAAAGAUAGAAGUCAACAGGCUCUCCAAAUCAGAAUUUAAGAGAAUACAAAACUACACAGUUGAUGUCAAGCUAAGUGCAAAGACAGCCCACCCCUUCCUCUCUGUCUCAGAUGACAGAAGACAAGUGAGGCACACAGACAAGCUUCAGGAGGUACCAGAUCACCCCAAGCGGUUUGACCGUGUGGCAAACGUGCUGGCUAAAGAAAGCUUCAGCAGUGGGAGGUACUACUGGGAGGUGGAGGUCGGGGAGAAGAUUGAGUGGAACCUGGGUGUUGUCAGACAGUCCAUAAACAGGAAGGGGAAGUUUACUGUCUGCCCUGCAAAUGGUUUCUGGAUUUUAAGCCUGAAGCCUGGUGGCCAGUACAUUGCCAACACUUCUCCUGUCACCUCAGUGGCUCUAGAACAGAGACCCAGGAAGGUGGGCAUGUUUCUGGACUACACAGAGGGCCAUGUUUCCUUCUUCUGUGCAGAAUCCGGAGUUCACAUUUACACCUUCACAGAUAAAUUCACCGACAGGCUUCAUCCAUUCUUCAGUCCUGGUCGUCUGCAUGGUGGCAAAAAUGCUGCUCCGCUAAUCAUCUCUUCUAAUUUCUGCAACAUAUGAACAUCAAACCCAAUACUACAUUUACA